AAAUUCAAUGUCAAUUUUUUACGCACAUGAUUUUUUUUAACUGGAAUAAAUUAGACCAUUUAAAUUAAUGCGGCAUUUAUAUUUGAUAAACCAACUACAAACACAAAAUAUCAUUCGCUAAAAACGCUAUUUCAAGGCUAUCAAGCCUAUUUUUGUGUUCACUAAAUACCGGUGACCGCUUGAUGAUUUGUAGUUUUUAAUUUGCUUUUAUCAUAAAAUUCCGCGAUAAACUGUGUGCGGGGGGUAUUUGUUGAUAAUAUCUGACCUGCCAAGUGUUAAUAAGCGUGACUAGAGUAGCAGACGUUCAUUUUGUAUCGAGGCGUUGAACGAUUUCUACAAGAUGCUCCGUUUAGCAAGAUCUGCUUUUGGUAAGGUCCAGAAAUGUAAUUUUUCGGCUGCGGCGGUUCCGGCGCCUCAAGAGAGCCCCAAUGUGAUGUAUUCAGGGAUUUUUAUCAAUAACGAAUGGCACAAAUCUAAAUCGGGCAAAACCUUCCCCACCGUGAACCCCACAACGGGGGAAGUGAUCACCGAAGUCCAACAAGGGGGCAAAGAGGACAUCGACUUGGCCGUUGACGCCGCCAAUGAGGCCUUCCGUUUCAACUCCCCCUGGCGUACCAUGGACGCCUCCGAUCGAGGAGUCCUCCUCAACCGGCUUGCCGACUUGAUGGAGCGUGACGCCGCCUACUUAGCGAGUCUCGAAACUUUAGACAAUGGUAAACCGUACCAUGUGGCCUACCCCGUGGACAUCAUGGGUAGUAUCAAAGUGAUAAGAUACAUGGCCGGUUGGGCUGAUAAGAACCACGGCCGGACCAUCCCCCUCGAUGGGCCUUUUAUGUGCUACACGCGCCACGAACCUGUAGGAGUUUGCGGGCAAAUCAUCCCCUGGAAUUUCCCCCUUUUGAUGAUGGCGUGGAAGAUCGCCCCUGCCCUAAGUAUGGGGAACACAGUGGUGCUUAAACCCGCCGAACAAACCCCCCUGACAGCCCUCUACACGGCGCAGCUGAUUAAAGAGGCCGGGUUUCCCCCCGGUGUUUUCAAUCUAGUUCCCGGGUUUGGCGACACGGGGGCUGCACUUGUCUCCAACCCCAAAGUUGAUAAAAUCGCAUUUACGGGAUCAACAGAAGUGGGGCUAAAAAUCCAGCAAAUGUCAGGGGUUGGUAACUUGAAACGUACAACACUGGAAUUGGGGGGCAAAAGCCCCAAUAUUAUCCUCGCCGAUGUUGAUAUUGAAAAGGCCGUUGAACAAGCCCAUUUCGGACUGUUCUUCAAUCAAGGCCAAGUGUGCUGUGCCGGCUCAAGGACAUUCAUCGAGGAUAAAAUUUACGAUGAAUUUGUUGAAAGGUCAGUCGAACGGGCGAAAAAACGCACAGUUGGAAACCCCUUUGACCCCAAAACCGAGCAAGGGCCCCAAAUUGAUGAAACUCAAAUGACGAAAAUUUUAGGUUUGAUUAAAGAAGGGGUGAAUCAAGGAGCAAAAUUGUUAAUUGGGGGUAAGAGAGUCGGGGAUAAGGGAUAUUUCGUCGAACCAACAGUCUUCGCAAACGUUGAAGACAACCAUGUGAUUGCCAAAGAGGAAAUCUUUGGGCCAGUUCAACAGUUGAUGCGUUUUAAAGACUUGGAUGAGAUCAUCGAACGGGCCAACAACACCAAUUAUGGCCUUGCGGCAGCUAUUUUCUCAAGGGAUUUGGACAAAGUCAAUUAUUUGGUUCAAGGGAUAAGGGCUGGGACCGUCUGGGUCAACACUUAUAAUAUUCUAGGAGCACAAACGCCGUUUGGAGGGUUCAAAGACUCAGGACAUGGACGUGAAAUGGGAAUUUAUGGGUUGAAUCAAUACACUGAAGUUAAAAGUAUUAUUACAUCGAUUGCAAGAAAAAAUUCGUAAUUGAUAACCUUUAAAAAUGAUAACGGUUAUUAUGUAACGCUUUUCCAUUCAAAUUUGCUUUUUCAUCAUACAUUUUAAGGUCAAAUAUGAUUGUGUGUUGCCAUACAUUGUUACGAUUUUUUGUAUUCAUAAUAAAGUUUAUAUUUUUA